AUGAUUGACAAACCCACACUCACCAAAACCGCCAUUGUCACAGGCGCUGUCUCUGGUAUGGGACUCGCUCUGGUGCAUCACCUCCUAGCCAAGACAGGGAAUAGCAACGACGAGGGAGGACAGUGGCGGGUGGUACUCGCCGACAUCAACCCAGUCGGAUACGAAGCCAUCAAGUCCACGCUGGACCAAGAUCGCCACAUCUUUGUGCGUACCGACGUCUCCAGGUUUUCGGACCAGUUGGAACUUUUCAAAACGGCAUUCGAGUGGUCGGGGGGACGCCUCGACUUCUUCGCCAACAACGCCGGGAUCCCAGACAGACAGCCGCUCCUGGGCUGGCUCGGUAAGGCGGAGACCACUGAGAAGGACCAAGACCCCGUCGAGCCCGAUCUCAGCCGCAUCGACAUCGACCUGAAGGCGGUCUUUUAUGGGAUGAAGCUCUUUGUCCAUUUUGCCAGGAAGACACGCACCUUACUCAGCCAGCAGACCGCGGCAGUCAUGGACGACAUUGGAAUCAGUGGGGGCGACGCCGCCAUUGGGGUGGCCGCAUCGCACGACUUCCACCCCAAAAUGGUCGUCACGGCGUCCAUGGCAGGCCAGUACCCGUUUUAUAUCCUGCCCAUGUACACGGCGGCGAAGCACGGCUGCAUAGGGCUCGUGCGAGCCGCAGCACCGACCUUGUUCGAGGAAGAGGGCAUCACGCUGAACGCCGUCAUGCCCAGCACCACAAAGACCAACAUCAUCCCCAAGCCCAUCCUGGAGCAGUGGCCCGAAAACAAUUUCACGCCGUUGGAAACCAUCAUGCGGGCGUUUGACGAGUUGAUCGAUGUCAAGGGGCGGAUUGCCCCGGACGGAUUGAGUGACGGUCAAGAUGGACAGGUGAAGAAUGGAUGUUGCGUGGAAGCGUCGACGAAUCACCUGUUCUACCGUGACCCAGUCCCGUUUCCUAGCGAGGUGCAGGAAUGGGUCGGGGAGCAGUCGAGACGAGAUGGGAUUUUAGGGACAUUCAUGCAAAAGGCGACCAGUGCGAAGAUGGAGUGA